AUGUCGUUGAAGAAAGGAAAAAUAAGACCCGUGAAGCGCAUGCCAGUGAUGGACCACACGCAAGAAUACGAAGAAGGUUUUGAUAUCCUGAGCAAUGCCAUUACGGUGAUAUUUCAGAAACAAGCGAGAGAACUAUCUUAUGAACUGCUGUAUCGCACAGCAUACAAGCUGACCAUUCGACAAUUUGGAGAGCGUUUAUAUCAUGAUGUUGCAAAAGUCAUUGCCGAUUAUUUGGAAACGACAGCGGAACAAGCUAUUGUACCUGCUUUUACAAAUACUUCCGUCGAAACAAGCACUGCAGAUGAAGGCGCUUCCUUUCUCAAGACAGUAAAAAAAGUAUGGGACGAUUUCAAAGCUGCAAUUGAUCUUAUUCUGCAAGUUUUAUACUAUUUGAAUGACAGACUACCUAAAUACAACUUGCCAAGCGUCGAUGAAAUGGGGCUCAACUUGUUUCGUGAUAAAGUGAUUCGCUCCAAGCAGUAUCCAAUUCAGCAACACUUGAUAUCAGCAAUGUUGACGCAAAUUCAGUUGGAACGUAACGGAGAUGUGAUUGACAGAAGUGCGAUUCAGUCAGCUGUUUCCAUGUUGGUUGAAUUAACGGAUCCAGAUACAAAAUUAACAGUGUAUGCCGUUGAUUUCGAGGCCACAUAUUUGGAUACAACGACUUCGUAUUAUCAGAUUGAAAGUCAAAAGCUGGUCUCCUCGUAUGAUGCACCUGAAUUCAUGCGCAAGGUCGAAAAAAGGUUGGAGGAAGAAUACGAGCGCACAGUGCAUUGUUUAUCGAUGACUACAGAGAUAAAAAUACGUACCAUCGUCGAGACUCAAUUGAUUGCCAACAAUCUCAAGACAUUGAUGGAGAUGAAGAACUCGGGUCUAGAGAGCAUGUUGAACGCUGAUAAAUAUGGAGAUUUGUCGCGUAUGUAUAGUUUGUUUUCACGAGUUCCAGCUGGCCUGAACGAAAUGAGAGCCUUCAUCAGCAACUAUAUCCUGACAUUGGGCGCCGAGAUUAACCAGCACAUCAUGAGCGAUUUGAAAUCCAAAGCGGAAAAGGGUUCGAGCAAUAUUGCAAUCAAUUGGGUGAUGGAGGUAUUGGCACUUCAAGACAAGUUUGACAAAAUUCUGGAUUUAGCGGCUAGUAAAGACAAAUCGUUUCAAACGGUAUUCAACGAAGCGUUUGAAAAAUUCAUCAACGACAAUAAAAAAUCAGCUGAAUUUAUCUCGCUGUUCAUUGAUGAAAAUCUCAAAAAGGGGCUCAAAGGCAAAUCCGAGGAUGAAGUGGACGAUGUCUUGGAUAAAACAAUCACAUUGUUUAGAUUCUUACAGGACAAGGAUGUGUUUGAACGAUAUUACAAACAACAUUUGGCCAAGCGUCUAUUACUGAAUCGAAGUGUGUCUGACGAUGCUGAGAGAGGCAUGCUAUCGAAAUUAAAGAGAGAAUGUGGCUAUCAGUUCACAAACAAGUUGGAAGGCAUGUUCAAUGAUAUGAAACUGUCUACAGAAAUGAGCGCUGCUUUCAAGGAAUAUUUGGACAAGUCCACCAAUCCUGCUGCAAACAAGCUUUCGCUGGAUGCUUCAGUAACCGUGCUGACAUCCACGUUCUGGCCUAUGAACCUCUCUGCUUCACCAAAAUGUGUCAUGCCAGCCAACGUGACGCAAGCCUGCAAAUCAUUUGAGCACUUUUACUUUGAUAGACAUAGUGGCCGCCGCUUGACAUGGCAACCGCAAAUGGGAUCAGCUGAUAUCCGUGCCUAUUUCAAAAAGGGGAAGCAUUUGCUGAAUGUAUCUACCUAUUCCAUGGUUGUUCUGCUUCUAUUCAACAAAAACGACACACUAUCCUGGGAGGAUAUCAAGAGCCACACUCAAAUUGCGGAUCAAGACCUGAAGAGGACCUUACAGUCAUUGGCCUGUGCAAAAUACAAAAUCCUAGUCAAAUCAUCCAAGGGAAAAGACAUUCUAGAGGAUGACUCAUUUUCAUUUAAUGACAACUUUUCAUCCAAUAUGGCACGUAUCAAGAUCCAAGCACUAGCAUCGAGGGUGGAGAAUGAUGGAGAACGAAAAAAUACACAGGACAAGGUGGAUGAGGAGCGUAAACAUCAGAUUGAAGCAUCUGUUGUGCGCAUCAUGAAGGAUAGAAAGACAAUGGAGCAUAAUUUAUUGAUUUCAGAGGUGACAAAGCAGUUGAGUUCAAGAUUCAUGCCGAGUCCUGUCAUGAUCAAGAAACGUAUCGAGGCAUUGAUUGAUCGAGAGUACUUGGAAAGAAGCGCAGAGGAUAGACGAGCUUACCAUUACUUGGCAUAA